AUGGAGAAAUCAUUCGUUCGUCAAACCCGUUCCAAGACGCAGGUUAUCAAGAAGUCCGCUGGAGCACCGCCAGAUGCUGCGGGUGACGUACAGGAUCAUACAGGUGAUGAAUUUAUGCCAUCGAUUAUGGAUUUCGAGCACGGACAGGACCACGAUUGUGCGAUAUGUGACCGUCCCAACAACACUGAGCUCUAUAUGGGUCCCGAACGGUCAUAUCGCUCUGUUUCUGGCCGAUCGAGUGCUGUAAGCGGUCGUAGUUCGCAAAUCGACCGUGAAAUACAACGAUUGGAGGAUGAAAGGCGCGCUGAGGAAGAGGUAGAAAGUGAGCGUUUACGACAGGAAAAAUUGCUUAUCGAGAAAGCCGCCAAGGAGAAAUUGGAGCGCGAAAAACAGUUUAUUGCUAGAAAGCACGAAUUGCUCCGACAAAAAGAUGACGAAAGCGUGAGUGUCACAAGCCGUCACAGUAGCAGAAGCAGUAUUCGGAAAGUAGAGGAUUGGGUACAGAAGCAGUUCACUCCCACCGGUGACGUCGAGAAGGAUAACGUCCAGAAGCAGACUGGGAAGCAGGAACCGGUUACAUCAUCCACCCCGUUAGGAAGCAUCGACACAGGCACUAUCAAGUUUCAGCAAGAGUCAGCAGUCGGCAGACCAAGCGGAAGACAACUAGCAUCAUUACCUCGUACGAUUGGCAGUGUCACGAUUGGAGAUAGCCCGGAGAUAGAAUACCCAAAGCUGGAAUUGGUGGACGUUCAAAAGUAUGCGCGCCUCUUAGAUGAAUCUGAAUCGAUCCUUGCGAAUCCAGGACCAAUAUCUAAGCAUUCAACAACGGGGGCCAAACCGAAGAUCGUAGCGAAGUUGACGAAUCCCACUCCAUUUGAAAUGUGGCAUCGUGAAACAUGCCAGCUUCGAAGGCAGCGUGAUCAAGAGAUGGCAAAACAAGACGAUGACGAAAGGAAGCGAUACGAAAGCCGUCUGCAUGAAAUUGAGUCUACUUUGCAACGGCAACGAGAUAUGGAGUUAGAGCACCAGCAAGAAAACGAGCUGAGGCGACGCCGAGAGGUUGAACUGGUAAAUCGCCUGAAUCGUCUAGAAGAUCAGCAUGCGGAAGAGAAGAAGCAACUGAAGGAAGCAGAGUGUGCGUUGAGAAGGCAACUGGAGGAAAGUCAUCUACGGUACCAGACCCUGGAAGCAGAUAGGCAACGUCAGCGAGCAGAGCAAGAAGAACAACUACGCCAGUUUCGAGAGCGGGAACAGCAGCUUACUAAGCAAUUGGAUUCGAUUCGUCUUCAAGAUCAAUGUGGACAUCCAACUGUCGUUCAGCCACAACACGCCGCAACGUUUCAGUACGAUCCCACACUGUUUCAACAACAAAGUAUGAUAGCACCAGUACCGGAUGGACAAGGUAUUUUUGUGAGAGACACGCGGAAGCCGUUGGAGCUCGUCGAUAAACUGCCUCCAAAUGUCAAAUUUAGUUGGGCACUGUAUCAGGAGCAACAACCAGUCGUCGACUUAAGCACGUUUGGCGACUAUAUGGGGAGAGUAACAGCUGCCACCAGUGGGAUAACCAAUGUGAGUCUGAUGACAAAACAUCUGAAGGACGAUAGGCAAAGGACGAAGGAAAAAGCAUUUGUGAACACGCAUGCCGCAUACGAAAAGAAGAAGUCUGAAUCAUACAACAGUGAGCAUCGGGAAGAACAGCCAAUGAACACGAAGCGCAGGGAAGAAAAUAAGGAUUGUCCGAUGUGCAAAUCCCAUGAGCAUAUCGCCGAAAAGUGCACCGAAUUCAAAAAGCUAUCAGUGAAUGAGCGUUGGAGAUUCGUGAAGGAGCAAAAACUAUGUCGGAGAUGUCUCGUCGCACACACUCGUUGGCCUUGUGAAGGAGAAAUCUGCGGAGUCAACGGAUGCCAGAAACGUCAUCAUCGACUGCUUCAUUACGAUGCAGAACCGGAGCAACCCCUGGCUACUACCAACGCUACUGUCACCAUCCAUCGACAAGCCGUUACUUCGACUUUGUUCAAAGUACUACCAGUAACGUUGCAUGGAAAGUCAGGCAUCGUUAACACUUUUGCGUUUCUUGACGAUGGUUCAUCUACAACUCUCCUGGAUAAAGCUAUCGCUAACGAACUGGGAGUAAGUGGCAAGUCGCGGCUGUUCGAGUCCGUAUGA